AUGUUGAAGGAGGAAGAUGAAGUGGAAAGGGGGUUGAAGCUGCAAACCAAAACCCCUCCACCCUCCUUCAACCUCACGCACAACACCAGCAACUCCUCUCCUCUCCCUUGUCAGCCGCCGCACCACGCUCACUGCCGGACCACCACCUGCACCGACGACCACCGUCGACCCUCGUGUCAUCGCCGCCACGUUGCCGCCCAGCCUGCGUCGCUGCGCCGCCGCGUUCCUGGCCCACACCGACCAAUCCACCUCCGGUCGCAGCCACCUCGCCUAGCCGCGCCACCCUGUCCGCCGGCCAGCACUCCCCUCUCCCUCUUGAAUUGGCGGAGAAUUCUCUUUAGGCGACUUUUGAAAGUGUUAAAGUGGCCUAUCAGUUUGUUUACACAAGGUACGUACAUACCUGUGUGCUUGGAAUGUGUGCUAAUUGUUGAAACCAUGUUGAAUCUUGUUGUUGAACUUGGUUAUGUUGAUAUUAUUGUUGAACUUGGCGAUGUUGAUAUUAUGGACGAACUUGGUUAUAUUGAAUGUGCAUGUUUAAUACUGUUGGACAAACUUAUUGAACUUAUUUUGCACUAUAAGAACUGUAACAUGUUAGUAUGGAUGUUUGAUACAAACAUGUUGGUUGGGGACACUAGAUUAUUCUAUAUGAUUGGGUUGGAUCAAUUGGUUGUUGUUCCCUUUCUAUCUUUUCACUACUUUAUAAGGGCGGAGGACCUUGUUUAGUAAGUUGAAACUUUAUGCCCAUAUACAGGGUUGCUCAUGGUUAAAGGAAA